CGGUUUUUUUUUUUUUUUUUUUUUUGCAAAUGGAGAAGGGUAAUGUGUGUGGUGACGAUUCGGCGAGGGCCGUCGGCAUGUGUGACCGGCUCCUGACGUUCCUCGCCAAGAACCUGUCCAUGAACAGGCAGAGGAGCAUCACCGAGGGCCCAAGAAAUGGCGGCAGCAAUGGCGGCCAUGCAGAGGUAGGAGGAGGAGGAGGAGGAGUGAAGGAAGACGACGGCGACGAGUUCGCCAUUGAGAUCGAGAAGGCGGACUUCGAGUUCGUCCACGAGGAAGACGGCCACAAGAGCGUCGCGGCCACCGUUCUGGAAGUGGAGGAGAGAAGCGCCGACGUGGUGGCGGCGAGCAAUGGAGGUGCAGGAGGAGUAAGCUUGCAGGAGGAGGGAGAAGACGGCGGCGGCCAUGGUCAUAUUCCUCCGGUGGCUGAAGAGGCGGCGGCGCCGGCGGUGCAGGAGAAGAAGGUGAGGAAGACGGUGACGAUCAAGGAAGAGGGCAAAGAGGAAGCCGGCGCGGCGGCGUCGUCGUCGUCGGCGGUGAAGAGGCUGCUGUCCAAGAAGAGGCAGGCGUCGUCGAGCCAGCUCGGAGGGGAGGAGCAGCAGAAGCCGGCGAGGCGGCCGGGGCUCCGGCCGAGGAUGCCGUCGAUCCUGAGGGUGCCGUCCAACAUCAACGAGAAGUCGAAGACCUUCAUCGAGGAGCGCAAGAAGAGCUUCGGCGGCGACGCCGGCGGCAAGCCGGAGAAGAAGUGAAGGCGGCAUAUGCAUGACUACACGUGUCAGCGUGAAGUUGUGUGUUGGUUUGUAUGAUUGAUUGUUCGUUCUGUCCAAGGACUUCUGGACUUGCUUGAUCGUAAAAUUUCAUAACUGUGAACCAUAAUAUGUUUAACUGAAUUCACCUAUCUUUCCAUUUCUCUCUGCUUAUGCAUAAGAUGGGUGUGUCAUACUCCCCCGCCGUUUUAGUUCUCAUUCUGCUCCAAUCCAAUUUGAAAAUAGCUAGUAUGAGUUG